UACUCUUUAGUGACUAUUUUUAUAAAAUCAUGGAAGCAAAACAGAAGUACCAGUCUCCUCUUGUAUCUCGAUAUGCUUCAAAAGAAAUGGCAUAUAACUUCAGUGAUGCAAAGAAAUUUUCAAUUUGGCGAAAGCUGUGGCUUUAUUUAGCCAAAGCAGAAAAAGAAUUGGGUCUUCAAAUAACAGAUGAACAAGUCCAUGAACUUGAAAACAAUUUAGUAUUGACUGAAGAGGAUUUUAAGUUUGCUGCUGAAAUGGAAAAAUCAUCAAACAAUGAUGUGAUGUCUCACAUAAAAACUUAUGCAAGUAGAUGUCCGAAAGCUGCUCCUAUUAUACAUCUUGGUGCAACAUCCUGCUAUGUUGGAGAUAACACAGAUCUCAUUGUGCUCCGAGAUGGAAUGGAUAUUCUUUUACCGAAGAUAGCUUGCUGCAUAAAGCACAUGUCAGAAUUUUCCAGAAAGCAUGCUGAUCUGCCAACCUUGGGGUUCACACAUUUCCAACCGGCCCAACUAACAACUGUAGGGAAACGAUGCUGUCUCUGGAUACAAGAUCUUCUGACUGAUUUGCUACAGUUGGAAAGAAUAAGAGAUGAGUUGAAAUUUCGUGGAAUCAAAGGGGCAACAGGAACACAAGCUAGUUUUAUGGCCUUAUUUGAAGAUACAUCUAAAGUUGAAAAAUUGAAUGAUCGAAUCACCGAAAUGUGCAACUUCAAUAAAUCAUAUAUUAUAACUGGUCAGACAUACCCAAGGAAAGUGGAUGCUGAUAUACUUUCUAGACUUGCUAGCUUGGGAUCAUCUAUCCACAAGAUUUGUACCGAUAUACGACUGCUUGCUGGCAUGAAAGAAAUGGAGGAACCAUUUGGAGCGGAGCAAGUAGGAUCAAGUGCAAUGGCUUACAAACGUAAUCCUAUGAAAAGUGAAAGAUGCUGUUCUCUGGCACGACAUCUUAUUGCAUUAGUUUCCGAUCCAUUUCAAACUGCUGCAGUGCAAUGGUUUGAACGAACUCUUGAUGAUAGUGCUAACAGGAGAAUAUGCCUUCCUGAAGCAUUCUUAACUGCUGAUAUUAUACUGUCUAUUUUGCAGAACAUUUUUGAGUCUCCAGUGAUUUAUCCCAAGAUAAUUGAACAAAGAAUUAAACAAGAACUUCCAUUCAUGGCAACUGAGAAUAUUAUCAUGGAGAUGGUGAAGGCUGGUGGGGAUAGACAGGAAGUCCAUGAGAAGAUAAGAGUGCUGUCAAAUGAAGCUGCGAAAGCAGUGAAGCAGGAAGGCCGUGUGAAUGAUUUGAUUGAAAGAAUCAAGUCUGAUCAUUUUUUUGCUCCUAUUCAUGAAGCACUUGAUGGAAUCCUGGAUCCAAAUACGUUUAUUGGAUUAGCACCUUACCAAGUAAAAAAGUUUCUUGAAAUUGAAGUUGAACCAGCUUUGAAACGAUACGAAGGAAAAUUGGGUGGAAAAUCAGAACUCAACGUUUGAUACAAUGGAAUGAGCAUCAAAAGAAAAAAAUGUUUUCUGUGUGGCAAAAGAGCACUGUUUGUUGCUUUGGUAAUCUAAAAUUCGCAGUACAUUUUAACAUUCAUUUGAAAUAUAUAGAUUUUUCAUUCUGGGAGAAUUCGAAUUAUUGUUGCAUUGAUUCUUCAGUUUAUGUACAAAUGAAGUCCACCUGGAAGAAGAUGGGAAUUUGUUUAAUUAUAACUUAUUUUUUAUGCGUUUUGCAUGUCUUCAAAAAUCUGAAUUCUAAUUAUCACUUUUGAUUUCCCGGUUAUGAUUUGCAAUAUACACAAUUUGACGCGUUGUUCUCAAUAUUA